GUCUGUGUCAGGUGAGAAAUGAAAUCCUCGGGCGGGAACAUCAGGCAGGUAGACAAGCUAACGGCUAACACACAGACAUGAUGGCUUCCUGGGCGGCGGAAGGUUUCGGUGAAAUCGACAGACUCCGAGCUGAGCUGCUGAACGGUGUUGAAGUCGUGACGGACAGACAGCGCGAGGAGGAGGAGGACAUCAGCCACAGGGAAAUUUUGACCCGUAUUGAAAACAUCAUCCUAGGAAUAGUGACCAGUCUGUCCAAAGAUGAGGCUCCUUUCCUGGCACUGCCCAACAGAUCCAGCUGGGCCAACGUCAGUUUUCACAGUGCCGUCGGGCUUCAAAUGAGUUCAGGAAGUUCCAUCAGCACCAUUAGGAGCGACUGUCCUUCGUCUGUCACUAAAUUUGGACAAAUUCUCAAGAUUCUCUCUGUCAUCUACAAACUUGUGCAGAGCAACUCGUACGCUACAAAAAGAUUUACCAAUUGUUUCGACAGAGACAUCUAUUACAACAAUACACAGCUGUUUGUUUCACAGACAACUGUCGACAGUAUUGUUGAUGAUAUCUCCUGCAUGCUAAAGGUUCCUCGCAGAUCUCUUCAUGUGUUGGCCACGUCCAAGGGAUUAAUCUCAGGUGAUCUGCGUUACAUGGAGGAGGACGGCACAAGGAUUGACUGCCACUCAAGCUCUGCUUCUGUUGCAGUUUCAUCAAACAUUGCUGGGAUUAGAAAUAUUGUAUCAUCUGCAAAAUUUGUCCUGAUAGUUGAGAAGGAUGCAACUUUCCAGAGACUCCUGGAUGACGACUUCUGCACAAAGCUCUGUCCCUGCAUCAUAAUCACAGGUAAAGGUGUGCCAGAUGUGAACAGCAGGUUGAUGGUGAGGAAGCUUUGGGACACACUACACAUCCCCACCUUUGCCUUGGUGGAUGCUGACCCUCACGGCAUUGAAAUCAUGUGUAUCUACAAGUACGGAUCAGUGGCCAUGUCGUUUGAGGCCCACAGUCUGACCGUCCCCAGCGUUAUGUGGCUAGGCCUCCUCCCCUCUGACCUCCAGAGGUUGCAGGUUCCUGAGGAUGCCCUGAUCCCACUCACCAAGAGAGAUGAAAGCAAACUCGGUAGUCUUCUUAAAAGGCCGUACUUGAGCAGCCAACCAGACUGGCAAAGAGAGAUGGAACUGAUGCAACAGACUAAGGUCAAGGCUGAAAUACAGUCCCUGGCAACCAUAGCUCCUGAUUUCCUCACCAGCAUCUACCUGCCCAACAAGCUGCAUUACGGAGGCUGGAUAUGAGUGCAAUGCCGACACCUAGAGGAGGAGAAAGUGAAGAGCUGAAGUAGGUUGGAUAACUAAAGAAAGAUCUAACCUUUUCAGAACAAUAAAUACUCAUCUGUGUUUGUUAGGUUUGUAAUGUGUGAAUAUUUAUCAGUGAGUGUGAUUGUUUAUUUUAUUGUUCAUUAAAACCCCUGC